ACUUUGAGGAGCCGAUCCCUGAUGACCGUUACCAUGGCAUCUUUGCUAUGCUAUUGGCUGGAGUGGGUUUCCUGCUUCCCUACAACAGCUUCAUCACUGGGGACUACCUGCACCACAAGUUUGAAGGGACGUCCAUAGUGUUUGACAUGAGUCUGACCUACAUCCUGGUGGCUCUGUUGGCCGUCAUCCUCAACAACGUGCUGGUGGAGAGACUCAGCAUGCACACCAGGAUCACUGUGGGUUACAUCUUAGCUCUCGGGCCACUGAUCUUUGUCAGCGUGUUUGAUGUGUGGCUGGCAAAGUUUACCACCAGGCAGGCUUACAUCGUCAACCUCGUGUCAGUGGGAGUGGUGGCCUUUGGAUGUACAGUGCAGCAGUCCAGUUUCUAUGGUUACAUGGGGAUGCUGCCCAAGAGGUACACGCAGGGGGUGAUGACAGGAGAGAGUACAGCAGGAGUGAUCAUCUCCCUGUCUCGCAUCUUCACCAAGCUGCUGAUCUCAGACGAGAGGAGGAACACGCUUAUCUUCUUCCUCGUCUCCAUCAGCAUGGAGAUGCUCUGCUUCCUGCUUCACCUGCUGGUCCGCCGCUCCCGAUACGUCCGUUACUACACCAACCACGCCCAGGGCAAAGGCCCGGGCAAAGGUCAUGACCCGCGUGACAGCGGGACGGGAUACCGGGUUCACCAUGAUGUCACCGCAGAGGAAGGAAAUAGUGGAACAGGACCGUCUACUACAGAGGAAGGCAUUGAGGACAUUGUUGGUGGGAUGUACGUGCGAUUUGACGCCCCUACAGCCAAGAUAAGGAAGAGCUGGCCCGGUGUCCGCGACAUGAUCUUGCAUCGUUACGUGGUGUCCCGUGUGAUCUGGGCCUACAUGUUGUCUAUAGCGGUGACCUACAGCAUCACUCUGUGUCUGUUCCCCGGCCUGGAGUCAGAGAUACGAAACCCAACCUUGGGGGAAUGGCUCCCCAUCCUCAUCAUGGCCACCUUCAACAUGUCUGACUUUGUUGGCAAGAUCCUGGCAGCGCUGCCGUACGACUGGUCUGGAGGCCGCCUGCUCUUCUUCUCCUGCCUGAGGGUGGUUUUCAUCCCUCUGUUCGUCAUGUGUGUGUACCCUGCGAACGCACCCACCCUGUCCCACCCUGCCUGGCCCUGUCUCUUCUCCCUCCUCAUGGGAGUCACCAAUGGCUACUUCGGUUCUGUGCCGAUGAUCCAGGCUGCUGGCAAAGUGCCGCCCGAACAGAGGGAGCUGGCAGGGAACACCAUGACAGUCUCCUAUAUGACGGGCCUUAUGGUGGGCUCCGCUGUGGCGUACGCAGCUUACAGCUUCACCGUUCCUGAAUCAGGAACACGCAUCUCCACACUCAACUUACACCCACCUGCAAACGCUACCGGGUAUUGAAUGUCCACACACCUGAAUAAAACACACACACACACCAAUGUAAACACACAUACAUGUACACACACCUGAAGCCAUUUACACACAUGAGGCCAGGAGAAGCAGCUCAGACUGAUGGACUCGUGUCCUGCACCAGGGGACGAGAAGAACUCUUUAAAGAACUCUUUAAAGUUUAUAAUCGGAGAGAUUAAUUCUUGCUUCGAUUUGGCUCUUUGGAUAAAUAAAGUGGAAUAAGAGACAGAAAGUGGGAUUGAGGCCCCAUCCACACUACUCCGUUUUUAUUUAAAAACUAAGUUUUAAAAUGAAAACGAUCUCUGUCCACACCAGUGUUUUAGCUGUGUAUCAGAGUUGAUCUCCGUCUAUAUUAACAGCUGAAAACACACAUCUAGUGGCCGUUCACUCACACUGGGUGUGCAUGUGACGGUGUAAACAUGAAGCAGAUAGCAGAUGGUCUACUCCGUAGUUACAGAAGAUUUGGCAAAAGAAUAAAGAAAUACAGACGAAGAACCACACCAGAUAAUUCUUAUACAUGGACCAACAACGAGCUGGAUCUGUUACUGAAUGUAACACGGGAAUUAAAAGCAACUGUGGCGGCGGAAAACAGACUGGAAGUCGUUGCAAAGUAAAUACGGUGAAAUGCAGAGUACAAGUGUAGGCUAUUCAUAGUUUUCAGUCACGUGACAUGCGCGGUGACCUGGAGGGCAAAACAACUGACUUACAUAGUGGCUCACACCGCGACUACCCCCUACAGACGCUGCAAAAGCAGUCAAAUUUUAUUUGGAUCACCUUUCAACUUAAAAAAAAGAAAGAUAUGAACACAAACUGUAAGUGUUGGACAUAUCCAAUCCAUGUAACGUUACAGCAUCCGCUGACGCAUUGCUACCAUUAAAAAGCAUCAGGUCCCUGCCGCCGCUUGACUGCGGUAAUGUUUAGCCUACUUUUACUUUCUGAGCCUUGUCUCCUUCUCGAUAAGUAAACAACCAUCCAGCAUUUCCAGCUACUCAAAGUAACAGUGUAUCACUUGUUUACUGGUUGGCAGGCAGCGGAAAAUAACGUAUUUUUUGCCCUUCAUGGGAGCAUUUUCCUUGGAAUGUGACCCCACGUGAAAAUUAUGAAUAAAAUAUUUUAAGAAAAAUACCAAUUAAAAAACUCUGUCAGUGGCAUCAUGUUUUCUGCUUUGCAUGACUUAAAAGACCCUAUCAGAGAUCUAAACGUGAGCGUCUGCAUCAUCGUUUCUAAAGUCCUUAAUUUUUGCCCAUCAGCACCAAAACACUACCUAGAGUUUUAAAACGAAAAACGGUGUCGGCAGCGUUUUCAAACUUUGCUGUUUAGGUCUUCGUUUUCGCCGUUUUAGUCUGAAGGUGCAAACGUAGCAAAAGGUCUCAGUUUUAAAACCAAAAUGUAGUCGUGUGGAUGGGGCCUUAGUAGUGGAAGAAAUUAUGUUAAACAGUGCAAACGUAGCAGGUUUCCCACUCUCUCAGCCUGCCCAUCUGGUGACCUUCAAAUGUGUCAGUUCUGCUGUUGUGAACUUUACUCUCGAGGUGAAGAACAGGAGCGCAGCCAGCCAACAGAAGCUCUUUGAGUGUCUCACAGUGAAAUUAUUGUCUGCAUGUGUGUGCCAACAGACCGACUGACAUUUGUACAGUGUAAAGCCAAGUGAUGUUUUGCUGCAGGCAACGAAGGAGGAGAUGUUGUGUCAUAGGUCACUUAUGUUUCAUACAUUUAAUGAUUUCUCAGAACUGUAUUCAGAAUAGAGAGAUGCUGCCAGUGGGAAUUCUUCUGGGCCAGUUGUUUCAGCUCUUUUCUUUCCUCUGCUGAAUAUAUGAUUGAGGCCUUUUGACAGUGAGUUCCAUCCAUAGUGAUUUGAUUCAGAUGUUUGAUUGAACUCGUCUGAUUGCACCAUUUAAAAACUAUAAAACUAUACAAUAAAAGCAACUUACACAGAGCCACAUUUAAUUGACAGUGAAACAAAAGUCGGAGCGUGUUUAGCUCCUGAAAUGUGACGUAUUUGCGGUUAUAGUGGAAUCCUAACCACAAUGUUGCUAUGCUAGCUGCUACAACCCACUAGCUAAUGGUCAAGUGUGGUUUUAUAUGAUGGGCGUUGUUAGCGAGUCACCCAAAAUCACAUUUGCUUGGACACAUUUAUGUAUAUCAUAAUGUACAGGAAGGAAAGAAGAGGGCAUUUGAAUUACAUGUAUUUUGUCUAUUAGGAGUGAUUACUGAACAGU